AAGAAAAAAAAUCUCUGGUGACUUCAACAAGCAUGGCUACCUUGAGUAAAUGUGCUCGAGUUGAUGCUGAUCCGAAAGUUCUGCCAUCUGGCGACAACAAUAAUCGCCAUAACACACCAACCAACUUGUUUUCUUCAAGUUUACAUUUCUGGCCACAAGGGAGAUUGCAGUCAGCUUUCACAUCACUUCCACAUUCACGCUUUCCUUCUGUUCCUAAUUUUGUAACUCUGCCCUUUCCUUAUAUAUCAUCAAAUGCAGAAUUAAUUCCCCAGUUUACUUCCACAUCAUUUCAAACUUACUCUAGUGCUCUCUCAUGUCCGUCUUUUAAUGUUCCUGAAUGAACGUGUAAUUUAGGUUUCGAACUAUUUUUUGCUUUCUAGUUGUAUUCGUUAAUUUCAUUUUCGCCUGUGCUAAGAUGAAUAUUUU